AGUGACACUGAAGAAAAUCAAGAAAACUCCGGAAAUGAAACAUCUUGUGUUUUGAUCGUGUUUAUACAUAAACAUUUUGUGUUUCUUGAUUCUAUCAUCAGAACAUCUAAUAAAAUUAAGGCCUGUUGUGAUUAUACACAUACAUCAUGUCCGAAUCCUAUGAAUACUUGUUCAAAUUCCUCGUUAUUGGAAGUGCGGGUACAGGAAAAUCGAGCCUCCUUAAUAACUUCAUUGGCAACAAAUUCAAAGAAGAUAGGUGUCAUACUAUCGGAGUAGAAUUUGGAUCUAAAAUUGUGAAUAUAGGAGGUAAAUCAACCAAAUUACAAAUUUGGGAUACUGCGGGGCAAGAGAGGUUUCGUUCUGUGACACGGUCAUACUACAGAGGGGCUGCUGGUGCUCUAUUGGUGUAUGACAUCACGUCCCGGGACUCGUUCAAUGCUCUAUCUAACUGGUUGAGAGACGCGCGAACUCUCGCUAGCCCCAACAUUGUCAUAUUACUUGUUGGAAAUAAGAAGGAUUUGGAAGACUCCAGAGAAGUUACGUUUACGGAAGCUAGUCAAUUUGCUCAGGAAAAUGAGUUGGUAUUUCUUGAGACCAGUGCAAAGACAGGUGAAAAUGUAGAGGAGGCUUUCCUGAAAUGCUCUAAAACGAUCCUAGCCAAGAUUGAAGCUGGUGAGUUGGAUCCGGAAAGAAUAGGUUCCGGUAUACAAUAUGGUACUGGAGCAUCCAAGCGACUGACAGCACCAAGGAGCAAACCUGCUCGGACACCUUCAGAAUGUGCCUGUCGUGUAUAAAAUUAUUAUUUAUUUUUAAAUCUAAUUUACAUUAUGUCAAGAGUGCACACAUUUUUUACUUAUGCUAGUGAAAAAUGCAUGUGUUGCCAGAAUGAAUAUUGGCUUUAAGAAACUGUUAAGUUUGGAUACAUUUUACCUUUACUUUCUUG